AUGAUUCUUCCUCAGUUAUCUCUUCUCAUUGUGUCCUCCCUGCUCCUGGGAGCCACCCAGGCUGCCCCAGCCUCCAAUACCACCAUCAAGACUCGAGACGAUGGUGAUGAUGUCCAUGCAGAAUGGACAUGGCUACACUUCCAAGACUGCAGCUCCUCCCAACAGAAAGCCAUCAAGCAAGCCCAUACAGAUGCAGUCAAGAUGGCAGAACAUGUCAAAGAAAUCGACUUUGGAAACGACCCGGGCGCCCUGGAAUACCUGGGUCCCAGCCCCAUGAACAAGGCCUGGCAGGGGAAUAUCAAAUCGGUAUAUGAGCAUAUUUCCACCUUCCAACUGAAUGGGUUCUGGCCAGGCUAUCGCAUGAAUGCUCGAUGUGGCAAUAGCAACGACGCCAAGUACAGCGGCAGCAGAUGCUCCCGGGGAGUGACUGCCUACCAGUGGAACACGAAAAAAGAUGCCAAAGACCCCAAUACGGCUCCCCCCUACAACAAGGCUGAUGCCGUGUCCAACAUGCAUUUCUGUGAUAUCUUCUUCAACUACAAGAAGUUGGAUGACACCAUCAAGGACCUGAAGGACAUAGAUGAUUUCCGAUGGCGAUAUGAUUUGGACAAGUAUAGGAACCAAGCGUAUAUCAUACUCCACGAGAUGAUGCAUGCCACGGUGAUGACGUACAAACAAAACAAAAACCGCCGAAUUACAGACAUGACUAUGCACGUGUACGAGUACAAGAAGCGAAGCAGUGACCGUGGAUAUGAUCGCAAAUUGGUGAAGAUGGACGCAUACAAAGCUCUGCCUUGCAAAAUUCUCGCGCGGACGGCGAGACAGGCCAUUGCGGAGGAAGCCAUCACUAUGAAUGCGGACAAUUAUGCUCAGUAUGCUCUGGCCGACAAAGAAGCCCAUGAUUGGAUGACGAGAUCAUCAGCCGUUUUCUUGACCAGCGACAACGGGACCUUUGGUAUCAACCAAGACCGCCUCGACCAGUUCACACAGAGCAGCGAAGGUGCCGAAGUCAGCGAUAUCGUUGGUCAGGAUGUCGGGGAGCUGUCAAAUAAAGCCGACUCCGAGACCCUCUCGCCCGACUCAGACUACCCUGAAUCAUUCAGAAGCGAGAUGGAGGCGUUCAGCAAAUAUUACCAUGUCCCGGAACCCAAAUGCGCUCGCCAGGGCGAUGCACCCUCGGACCGAUCCCCCUUCACCACGUCCGAGGCCGAUGAGAAGAUCAAGGAUUUCUGCAAGGACGAAGGUUUCUGGGAUACGGUGUUCACUCCCCCGAUUAACCAAGGCACGGGGCAGACCAAAGAUGGAAAGGGCAAGGCCCUUGGGGCCAGUGGCGAUUUCAAAAUCAAUGACGGCAAAGACAAACUGUGGAUCGGUGCUUAUUUCGCCGGCGGCGGCUGUACGGGCUUCACUACCUGGCCUCCUAAGGGCAAGGGACUCCGCGACACAGAUCUCUGCAUUGACCGACUCCGGACGAUUAUGAACAGCUGCGAUACAGACACAACGGACAAGAAGUAUGGUGGGAGUCUCAAGGAGACCUGCUUGGUCUACCAAUUGAUGGCAGUGGGCAGCGACAACUCCGACCCUACAGGCGUUGGCUCCAACGGGGACCACGGAGACAUCAAAUGUAAGGAUACCGACACGUCGAUCCUCGGAAGCCAUUAUGACAACACCUGCACUUGCUGGUUUGAGAAGCUGCCGGACCAAACAGAGAUCUUCGGCAUGCCCAAGAAGGGCGACUGUGACUCUAUGGACUUCCGGCCUGCAUGGAGCUUUUCGGAGGAUCCUGAUUAUCGACCAGAAAAUAUCCAGCCGACUGUCACCAUGACAGCAAGUCCUUAG